UGGCGCGACACUGGCGCGUCAGCCUUGGUCAAGUCCCGGAGAUUUAGUAUCUCUUUUUUCAGUCUUUGGGGCUUUUAAAAAAGAGCCACUAGUCUCAAUGCGGAGCGGGCUAUGACAGCCUCCGUGCUCCUCCACCCCCGCUGGAUCGAGCCCGUCAUGUUCCUCUACGACAACAGCCUGGAUGAGAUCAAUAAGAACAUGGACGGGUUUCACGCCGGCAGCAACUUCGCGGCGGCGGCGGCGGCCAACCCCUGCCGCAACCUGAUGGCUCACCCCGCGCCCCUGGCCGCCCCCAGCGCCGCCGCCUACACGUCGAGCGAGGCCCCCGCCGCCGGCAUGGCCGAGCCCGCUGUCAAGCAGUGCAGCCCCUGCUCGGCCGCCGUGCAGAGCUCCUCCGGCGCCGCGCUGCCCUACGGCUACUUCGGCAGCGGCUACUACCCGUGCCGCAUGACCCACCACAACGCCAUCAAGUCCUGCGCCCAGCCCGCCUCCACCUUCGCCGACAAGUACAUGGACACAUCGGUCUCCGGCGAGGAGUUCACGUCGCGGGCCAAGGAGUUCGCCUUCUACCAGGGCUACGCCGCCGGGCCCUACCAGCCGGUGCCCGGCUACCUGGAUAUGCCCGUGGUGCCCACCAUCGGCGGCCCCGGCGAGCCGCGGCACGACCCCCUCCUCCCCAUGGACAGCUACCAGCCCUGGGCCAUUACCAACGGGUGGAACGGGCAAGUGUAUUGCCCCAAGGAGCAGAGCCAGCCACCUCACCUCUGGAAGUCCACCCUCCCGGACGUCGUUUCGCAUCCCUCGGAUGCGAAUUCGUACAGGCGGGGGAGGAAGAAGCGAGUGCCUUACACAAAGGUUCAGUUAAAAGAACUCGAAAGGGAAUACGCUACAAAUAAAUUCAUAACCAAAGACAAACGGCGGAGGAUAUCGGCGACCACGAAUCUGUCAGAGAGACAGGUCACAAUCUGGUUCCAGAACAGAAGGGUCAAAGAGAAAAAAGUCAUCAACAAAUUGAAGACGACCAGUUAAUGGAUUAAAAAUGGAGAAGCAGCAGCUCGAAAGUUUCAGAACUUUUUUUUGUUGUUGUUCAGAUUAAAGUAAUUAUUAAUAAUAAUUAAAAAAAAGAAAAGACAAUGAACCUCUUCUUUCAGAGCAAGAGAUCUGUAUCCUUGGAAUUAUAGCAUUUUUUAAAAUAUUGCUGUAACAAAUGGUUAAAACUGACAGUUCUCCUGAAAUCCCAAGCAGACAGUGUAACUGACAAACUGUAAAGCCCACAUGCCCAGCCCCGAGAGAUACACUUUCAAUUAAGACACACAGUUUUCUGAGAAACUUGUAAGUACUUCUAUGACCUUACUAUUUCAGAACACUCUUCGUGGCCACGGUGUGAGAGCUGGUUGACGUGAGGAGGUCGAUGUGUACACAUAAGCUUGUUUUCUUCCAUUGCAAUCCAAACUGUAUGUUGAAUGACUGCUCAGGUAAACCAUAGUGAAAAGAAAAAAAAAAAAAGUACAAUUACUGUAUGUUUUUAAGCAAUGCAUUUAAUGUAAAAAAAAAAAAAAAAAAAAGUAAUAAUAAACCUCGAAGGUAC